UUUUUGAAGCUUAUGGAUGAUUGCAAAAAUUGUACAACUUGUUCAAGAGAAGUUGAAUCAUCUUAUAUAGACAUUUAUCCAGUCAAACCUCCACGACGAAAUUCAUGUGACGAAGAUGUCUUGAGACAAACAAUGAUGCUACCUGAUGGUCGAUCGGUGAAAGUUGAAUUAUAUAAAGGUGAGGAUCAGAUGGCAGAGAUUAUGGCAUUAAUGAGACGAGAACUAAGUGAACCUUACUCUAUUUAUACUUAUCGUUAUUUUAUAUAUUGUUGGCCAGAGCUGUGCUUUUUGGCAAUAGACUCAACAAAUUCAGUUGUAGGCGCAAUUGUUGGCAAAUUAGAUCAACGGCAAUCAGAAGAUAUUAAUUUACCCCGCAGCCAAGGUUUUUUUCAUUAUUAUUAG